AUGUUCUCAACCUUCACAGGCAACUCGAGGCGGCCGAGGAACGUGAACCUAAGCGGACAAGCCAGCAACCCGUUCUCCAACACAUCAUGGACGCCCUCGGCCGUUUCGAACGCUACAAAGACCGUCUCGGACGCCCAGGCCGACCGAGAAAAGCGACAGGCCGAGAGGCGACGUCUGAAGGCGGCAUCGCAGAUACAGAGAACAUGGCGAGGAUAUAGGUCGCGGUCUACUUUGAGGGACCAGCACAGGCAUGACUUUGAUCUCAUCUAUCAGUCUCUACCAGAUAGCGAUGCUUCCCAGAGGCUAUAUGCUUCUUUCCCUCUCCUAUUGUCCUUCUUCUCGUCCAACCGAGCCGGCGACAUGCAACGUCUAUUUUUAUUCAUCAAGGACUGUAAUAGUAUUUCCCUGCAGCAGUUCAGCGACGCCAGCCGUCAUCCUUCACGCCUUCAAAAGUUAAUGGUAAAGCUUGUGCAAGCCUUGGGUGUUUUAGUUUCCAAAGGAAAUACGUCGUUGGAAUUGCAAUAUCUCCUACUCCUGAUCGACCACCUGGCCACCAACUUCCCCUUCACGAUCCUUGAAUCGCUUGACGAAUACUAUACGGCGUUGGCCAAGUUUUGCCAAACAAGGCACGACCAAGAAUGGGUGGAUAUAGUAGUCAGAUCUCUCUCGGCUCCAUUGGAGGCAAGCUCGGGAAACAGUCCGAAUGCAUAUAGGGCGUUGGCGCUUCGAUUUCUAACAACUCAAGAUAUCCAUCUCUUUGAGGAAAACAUUGACCAGAUGGUCCAAAGCAUCAACACGGAGAAGCUCGCAAUGGAGAUACAGGGUUCGUACAACUAUAAAUCCGAUGCUUUGCCCGAAAAGGAUCGCCUGUUCUGGCUCUUGGCUCAUUAUAUUGAUUUGAGCCGAGCUCAAAAGAGCUCGACGCAAAACCUGGUUCAUCUGAAGGUCAUUUUUACACAGCUAUCCGCUUUAUCAUCCGAUAUCAGUAUUCGGAUAAACCCUGAAGCCCUGGCUGCUGGGCCUCUUGUGUUCCCCUCCUCAUCUUACAUAUCCCGCCAACUAUUGUGGCUCGUUGACAAUAAAGGCAUUUUCAAUCUGCUACAUGACUUCUCCAUCAGCCUGGCACAGUCUACAACCCAAGAACUCGAAGGAAGUGAGCUCCUUGCUGGUUAUAUCCUAGCUUUGCUUCAAAGUUUCCCCAGCAGAGCAGACGAUACGCGCAUGAGGCUGUUUCUCGAGGAGAUACCUGCUGCAGAGGGACAGGUCCCCAUUGUCAAAUACCUCUGGCAGAUGAUGACCAAGACCUCGGUGUUCCAAAAGCUAAGGACAGAGUCUGAGCGGCCAGCGAAAAUACUCCACAGGUACUUUUACGGCAAUUCAUCUCAGCCCUCGUCGCAUACAGAAGAGCAAGAGUGGAGAAUCAUUCUAUUAUUCCUAGAGCUUUACACUUUUAUCCUCAGGAUCAGCGAUGACGAAGACUUUUUAAGCGGCAUUUAUCCCAAAGUUAUAAGUAGCGAUGUACCGAGGUCACGCACUCGAUCAUGCAGCUUGGCGUUGAAAGACGUUGAGGCGCUCAUCACUUUCCUCAAGAAUACUGCAUUUGCUCUGCAUUAUAGUGUUCAAGAGAUCACUCAGACUCAAGCAGCUCUCGAGGCGUCAACAAAGUCCCGGCUGGACUCAUAUUGGGGGGACUCGUCAAGGAACGCAGAGGAGCCUAGGGGCUCCAGCAAAAGUCCAGCCUCGGACGUCUCCACCAAGCUCGAUCUAGAGAGCCUUCGCGCCAUCAUUACGAUAUCGUUGAAAAUGCUAUACGAGAGAGACUCGAGGAAACAUUUUCUGUCGGCAGAUCACUGGCUUAUGACGAGCAAACUGGAGAAGGAAGACUUCAUUGGGGCCGUCAUAGCAGAAGAAGAGAGGCAGAUCCAAGAACAGGCUGAUGAUAGUGACAUGGAGGCGGAUGAUGGUCAAGAGCCUUCAUUUGAUGAUGGUUACGGACUGCAUUCGACUUUUGCCGCGCAACGGCUUUCUCGUAAUGUCAGACUGGAGAGGAUCAAGGCUAACCAGAUGCGCGCCCAAAGGGAACGAAGACUCGCCGAGAUGGGGCCUAAAUUGGAGGUCUUAAAGCACAUCCCAUUUGUUGUUCCGUUUGAGACGCGAGUAAUGAUAUUUCGGCAAUUCGUCAACCUCGACAGAAUCCGCAGAGGCGGGAAUCAUGUGAUGUUGAUGGCUCCUGUGGGAAGGCAUCACGCAAAAAUCCGUCGUGGCCAGCUGUUUGAGGAUGCGUUUGAGCAGUUUUACCAGCUAGGGGAAGGUCUCAAGGACCCCAUUCAGAUAACCUUUGUCGAUCAAUUCGAUACGCCCGAGGCCGGUAUCGAUGGUGGUGGUGUUACCAAGGAAUUUCUAACGAGCGUUACGUCAGAAGCCUUUGGAAACGGGGCUGGGGGGCUGGGAAUGUUCACAUCCAGUGGUAAAGAGCUACUAUAUCCUAAUCCCACAGCUAUGGAUGUACUUCGCGAAUCACUGCGAAAGCAAGGGUUUUCAGAGUCCGAUCCUGAGUGGAGGGAGGCGGUGUCUGGUCUGCUCAGACGAUAUGAAUUUCUCGGCCGCAUUGUGGGAAAAUGCAUGUAUGAAGGCAUUCUCGUCGAUCUGGCGUUUGCUGGGUUUUUCCUCUUAAAAUGGCCGUCACCCAGUCGAAAAGAAGAGAACAGUUACAAGGGCAGUGUAAACGAUCUUCAAGACAUGGACGAAGAGCUAUAUAGGGGCCUCCUUCACCUCAAAAAUUAUGCCGGGGAUGUUUCAGCCCUGGGGCUUGACUUUACGAUAACGGACCAGAUCUCGGCACCGGGCGAUCCUGUUGAGAUUGUGACAAGGAAGUUGGUGCCUGGUGGUGACGAGAUGGUGGUUACCAACGACAAUCGCCUACUAUACAUAUCAUACGCAGCUCGCCACCGCCUAGUUGUACAGCCGGCUCCCCAGACGACUGCGUUUCUGCGCGGACUUCGCGAGAUUAUCCGGCCGUCGUGGUUGUCGAUGUUCAACCAGUCGGAGCUGCAGCGCCUAGUAGGCGGCGACUCGUUGGCAAUUGACGUUGACAACCUACGCCGAAACACAGUCUACAGCGGCCUUUAUACCAUAGGCGAUGACGGGGAGGAACACCCCACGAUCAAGAUGUUCUGGAACGUUAUGAACGGCUUCACAGACGCUCAGAGGCGCGAUGUUCUCAAGUACGUCACGUCGACUCCAAGAGCACCGCUGCUUGGCUUUGCACAGCUGAAUCCAAAGUUUGCCAUCCGAGAUGGAAGCUCGGACCAGGAACGAUUACCAAGCGCCAGUACGUGUGUUAAUUUGUUGAAACUGCCGAUUUACAAGUCGGAGUCGACUUUACGAAAGAAAUUGCUCUACGCGAUAACGGCGGGGGCCGGGUUUGAUUUGAGUUAG